UUAGAAAUCUAGGUCUGCUUACUGGGGAUAAUUAGUCCAAAAUUGCUUAAAACUGAAUACUUAAGAUAAAAAUGUACACGAUUAAGCUCUUUCUUUUCAUUGUUCCUCUAGUUAUUUCUUCCAGAAUUGACCAAGACCAUCCAUCAUUUGGUUCUAUAUCUCCACAGCCAAAAUCAAGAUUUGCUAUGUUAGAUGAUGUAAAAAUUUUAGCCAAUGGCCUUCUUCAGUUGGGACAUGGUCUUAAAGACUUUGUCCAUAAGACUAAGGGCCAAAUUAAUGACAUAUUUCAAAAACUCAAUAUAUUUGACCAGUCUUUUUAUGAUCUAUCACUGCAAACUAAUGAAAUCAAAGAAGAAGAAAAAAAACUUAGAAACACUACAUCCAAACUGCAAGUCAAAAAUGAAGAAGUGAAGAAUAUGUCACUUGAACUCAAUUUAAAACUUGAAAAUGUCCUAGAAGAAAAAAUUCUACUUCAAAAAAAAGUGAGGUAUUUGGAGGAGCAAUUAACUAAUUUAAUUAAAAAUCAACCUGAAAUUCAGGAACACCCAGAAGUAACUUCACUUAAGACUUUUGUACAACAGCAAGAUAGCAGCAUCAAAGACCUUCUCCAGACUGUGGAAGAACAAUAUAGACAAUUAAACCAACAGCACAGUCAAAUAAAAGAAAUAGAAAAUCAGCUAAGAAGAAGUGGUAUUCAAGAAUCCAUAGAAAAUUCUCUUUCUUCAAAACCAAGAGCACCCAGAACUACUCCCUCUCUUCAUUUAAAUGAAACAAAAAAUGUAGAACAUGAUGAUAUGCCUGUUGAUUGUACCGCCAUAUAUAACAAAGGUGAACACACAAGUGGCAUCUAUCCCAUUAGACCCAGCAACUCUCAAGUUUUUACUGUCUACUGUGAUGUUAAAUCAGGUAAUUCAUGGACAUUAAUUCAACAUCGAAUAGAUGGAUCACAAAACUUUAAUGAAACUUGGAAAAACUAUAGAUAUGGUUUUGGACAGCUUGAUGGAGAAUUUUGGUUGGGUCUAGAGAAGAUAUACUCCAUAGUAAAGCAAUCUAAUUAUAUUUUACGAAUUGAGCUAGAAGACUGGAAAGACACCAAGCAUUAUAUUGAAUAUUCUUUUCACUUGGGAAAUCAUGAAACCAACUAUAAACUACGCCUCAUUGAGAUUAAAGGAAAUGUCCCCAACAUACUCCCAGAAAACAAAGAUUUGGUGUUUUCUACUUGGGAUCACAAGGCACAAGGACACGUCCUCUGUCCAGAAAGUUAUUCAGGAGGCUGGUGGUGGCAUGAUGUAUGUGAGGAAAACAACCUAAAUGGUAAAUAUAACAAGCCAAGAGCAAAAGCUAAGCCAGAGAGGAGAAGAGGAAUAUGUUGGAAGUCUCAAAAUGGAAGAUUAUACUCUAUCAAAUCAACCAAAAUGUUGAUCCGUCCAAUAGAUUCAGAAAGCUUUGAAUGAACUAAGGCAAAUGAAAAAGCCAAUAAAUUAAACAUUAAAAUCUUUC